GGGAGAACGAUGUCAACUGAGGCCGUGUCGCCGACGUUUUCCUGGUUCGAGAAAAAUAGAGAUCUAAGUGAGGUUCAUCCUAAACUCUGGCUUAGUAUGGCUAGGUGGAUUGAACUAAAAUAAGAGAUCAGUGAUCAGACAUCUUCAGAAGUGCUCACGUGGUCCUCCUCUGGUAGCCUGCUCUCUCACUCGAUGCUCCUCGACUGGAUGCUCCCUAG